AUGACGGAUCAAAGGAAAGGCUGUUAUAUACUUGAUCUGGUUACGCCCCCGAAGUCAGCUUCGGAGGUAGUCAAGUUGCCAACGCUAGAAUCUAAAAGAUUCUUGCAAGAUCUGCGUAGUGACGUGAUCAAACAGAUCUGCGUACUCGUCACAGAGGACGAGUACGUCGCCGAUAUUCGGUCGGCACAAGUGUUUGCUAAAAGAGAACGGGUUCUCAGUAGCUCAUCGAUGGACGAUAGUGUCCUCAAUGAGAAGACUCGGAUUAAGCGAUACACGUCUCAAUUUUGUGAGUAUUUGAAGACAAGUCCUUUGUAUAAGGAUUGGGUUGAAUUCAGGGAUGAUCUCCCUGAAUCCGUGCCAUGCGAGCUGACCAAGGACAAACGCACUCGGCAUGAGAUCGAACUGAACCACGGUUCGAAAUACUGUGUCAUGAAUCAGUGGCCAUUGCCUCGUGAACGGGUCACAGAGAUCGACAAACUCUUUGCCGAUCGCUUAGAUGCUGGUCAUGUGAAGGCAUCAACAUCCCCACACAGCUCUCCGACCUUCUGUGUGCGAAUGGCCGCAGGAGGGUGGCGGAUAGUGCUCGCGUUCAACAAAUUGAACGCUGCAACGGUAUCGGCUCAAACGCCGAUACCAAGGAAGGACGUCAUCAUUGAUGGUAUGGCAAAAAGUACCAUUUUUUCGUCCAUGGAUCUGAUGGGUGGAUUCUAUCAGAUCCUCAUGCGUGAGCGGGAGAUCCCUUACAUAGUAGUGAGCACCCCUAGUGGUAUGCUCUGGGAGUGGCUAGUAAUGCCACAGGGGCUAAGUAACGCCCCCGCAACGUUCAACAGAUUUGUUACGAAUCUGUUGUGA